UACGUUACUCACUUUCCUAAGAUCUUCUGUCAGAUAAUGCUUGAAGCUUGUCUCGGAGGCGACGGAGUUAAUUCUGAGAUGGCAUCCGAUGCCGAAAUCGCAGCGUUCCGAGCGCGAAAGGUGGCACUAAUCACCGGUAUUUCAGGACAGGAUGGAUCUUAUUUGGCUGAGUUGUUACUUUCUAAAGGCUACGCAGUGCACGGAGUAAUUCGCAGAUCUUCGUCCUUUAAUACAGCACGUAUCGAACAUCUUUACAGUAACCCCAUCACUCAUCGAGGGGACUCCUCAUUUGCGUUACAUUAUGGUGACAUGACAGACUCAUCUUGUCUGAUUAAGCUUAUCAACACAAUUCAACCUACAGAAGUCUACCACCUUGCUGCUCAGUCACACGUUAAGGUAUCAUUUGACUUACCGGAAUAUACGGCUGAAGUAGAUGCGGUCGGUACGUUGAGGCUGCUUGAUGCUAUUCACGCUUGUGGUCUCACUGAAAAGGUUCGCUUUUACCAAGCAUCGACCUCUGAGUUGUACGGUAAAGUUCAGGAAAUCCCACAAAAAGAGACGACGCCGUUCUAUCCUCGUUCACCAUAUGCUGUUGCUAAAAUGUACGCCUAUUGGAUCGUCGUCAAUUACCGCGAGGCUUACAACAUGUUUGCUUGUAAUGGUAUUCUUUUCAAUCACGAAAGCCCUAGAAGAGGUGAAACAUUUGUCACGCGCAAAAUUACGCGGUCCGUUGCCAAAAUAAGUUUGGGUCAACAGACGUGUGUUGAACUUGGUAACCUUGACUCUCUUCGCGAUUGGGGACAUGCCAAGGAAUAUGUUGAGGUAAGCUGUGGGACUGAACUUCCCUACCUUUUCACUUUGUUGGGAACAGUCACAGAAAAUUAUCAACUACUGUGGGAAGGACAAGGUGUCGAUGAAGUAGGUAUAGAAAAAGGGACCGGUAUUGUGCGAGUCAAAGUAAAUCCUAAGUACUAUCGGCCUACAGAAGUAGAAACCUUGCUUGGUGACGCCAGCAAAGCAAAGAAAGUACUCGGUUGGGAGGCUAAAAUUUCAGUGGAGGAGCUUGCCAAGGAAAUGGUUGCUUCGGAUGUUGCCUUGAUGGCUGCUAAUCCCAGGGCUUAA